CUUACCUAUACUACAAUAGAGCCAAGCAGCUGUACUGCAUCUGAUUGCCGUCUAUUAACAGUACCUUAACCUUGGGAGGUUAACAUCAAUCAAUGAUUGUAAGAGUCUUUGAAUGAGUUUCAUACUGUCAUCAGAGUUUUUGCCACUAUUCAGAGUCAGGCGUCGUACUCUAUAAUCAAUCAAGGCAAAAGACAAAAUGUGUGGUAAUGGCCAACUUACAGUUGUCGUGGCCGAAGGAGAAGUCGACAUUUUUAUCAGGUAUGCUCACGAGAAUGAUUUCAUUGGCAUCAGUCAAGUGACUAUUAUGUGUGGCUCGUCACAUAUCAUGCAUUCAGUCAAUCUGUGCUAUCAACCAGCUCAGAACUCCUUGGAAAACUUUGUCAGACACUCCUAUGAUCAUUUUAAGCAUAUUCGCGCCAAUAUUUUGUAGAAAACAGCAAUCCAGACGACCGAGUGACGAUAGCAACAGCUGUGACUACUACAUUUUUUGGGGACGAAGAUGCCAGUGGUGGGCUAUGUCUUUGAUCAGAAAACUGCAAAGUCAAUUUCCAAAUACCGGUAUCUUAGUUAUAUCAAUGCUUAACUAUAAACAACGCAUCGCAAACAUAAGCGCACAAGUCGAAGCCUCGACACCACCUCAUCUACUAGAUACUUCUGCCUCUAUGUACGAUCUCACUCGAAGAAUCGGUUGCAAAAACCGACUGCCGUUUAAUAGCUAUGCGACAUAGCACAUUUUCUGCCUUUUCAUUCGUAAAAAUUAGUCCAAUCGCAUUUUCCCGUCUUUUCAGCCAUAGUUUCCACUUUCCAUUACUGUCUUUGCCACGUACUGCUCUCGUCUUAUCAUGUCUGAGUUUAAAAUGACAAUU